AUGCAAGACCAACUUCAGCUACAAGUGCAGGAGCGGUUAGACAAAAUGCAACAGGAUAUCUCGGAGAAGAUACUGGAAUCUCAAAAGGAAAUGAUGGCGAAGUUGACCCAACUGUUGACUGGGGGAAAUGAUAAGGGAAAGGGCCCCAUAGCUAAUAUCGAAGAAGGAAAUGAUGAUGAAUUUCUCUAUCCUCCAGGCUUUACUCCUCUAUAUGUGCCUCAGCAGUUCCAGGCUGGUGCUUCAAACUUCCAAGCUGGAUCGGACUCUAACUCCGGAAACCACCCUACUAACUCUGUCAUUCCUAACUUCGAUGAAGUGGCUGAAAAAGAAAGAAUAAAUGAAGAGUUACCAAAACAAUUAGAAGAAAGGUGCAAAUGGCUCGAAGAGAAGUUUAAGGCGAUGGAGAUCACUGAAAACUAUCGUGGGAUUGACGCUAAAGAACUGAGUUUAGUCCCAGACUUGGUACUCCCUAAUAAGUUUAAGAUGCCAGAAUUCGAAAAAUACAAUGGGACAAGUUGCCCAGAAGCUCACAUAACCAUGUUCUGUAGGCGAAUGGCUGGAUAUGUUAACAAUGACCAACUACUAAUACAUUGUUUCCAGGAUAGCCUCACAGGGGCAGCUUCCAAGUGGUACAAAUAA